AAAGAAGAACCGAAAACAAUGAUGGCAGAAUGCAAAGUCAAAAAAUUACCCCACUUUGAUGCCACCUUUUUUCAAUUUCAAGCAAACACACACACACACACCCCUUUCUUCACACACCUCUGUCCCUCUCUCCCUCCAUCUUCACUCUCUCCUAAAGCAAAGCAAAGUAGAAAAAGGGCUUAGAGAGAUAUAGCUAAGAAGGGAGUGGUGGGUCUUAAUACAGUACAAAUUAUUCUUCAUCCUAUUCUAAUUCUUCUCCAUCUUCAUCAAAAAAAAUAAAAAAAUGACCUCAAGAUUAACCCAAAAUAACAUCAAUGGCACCCACCAUAAUCCUCAAUAUUACCCUCAUCCUACUUCUUCUUCAUCAUCUAAAGCUUCAUUUAAAGGGUGUUGUUGUUGCCUUUUUCUACUAUUUUCCUUCUUACUUCUCCUAAUUCUCGCCGUCAUACUUGUUAUAGUACUUGCCGUCAAGCCCAAAAAACCCCAGUUCGAUCUUCAACAAGUGGGUGUUCAAUACGUCGGAAUUACACCUAACCCAGCUACGAUUGCCACUUCCUCCGCCUCUGUUUCACUCAAUAUUCGAAUGGUUUUCACUGCUUUCAAUGAUAACAAGGUCGGGAUCAAGUACGGAGAGUCUCGGUUCACGAUCAUGUACCGUGGGAUUCCUCUGGGUCGGGGCACCGUACCCGCAUUUUACCAGCCAGCUCAUAGUGUUAAGCGGGUUGAAACUACAAUCGUUGUGGAUCGGGUUAACUUGCUCCAAGCUGACGCCGCCGAUUUGAUUCGUGACGCCGCCUUGAAUGACCGGGUCGAGUUACGGGUAUUGGGUGAUGUCGGAGCUAAGAUUCGAAUCCUUGGGUUUACUUCACCUGGUGUGGAGUUUAACUAACACGCAAUCCCUGGAGCUUUGAGGAGAGGGCGGAGCUAGGAAUUUUAACAAGGUUUUGAAUCUGCAACCUAAAGCAAUUUUUAAGUCACCUUUGUCAUUAUACUAGAAGUUCUCCUUAUACUAAGUGGAUUAAAUAAGUUCAUUACAUGUAACUUCGCCUCUGGUGCAAGUUUCCUAGUGAAUAUACUACCAAAUAGGUAGGGACUAGGGAGGUAAGAAAAAGAAGGCCAAGGCGGCUCCUGAUUAUAGGAACUCUUUCCAGUGAGUUGUGGCUAGUGAUUAAACUUAUAUGGUUGGGUAUCUUCAUGCUUGAGCUAGUUUUUCACUUCAUCCUUUGUGCUAGUUAGUCCUGUAUCCCUAGCCGACUGUGAUGUGGAGGAGGGGGCGUUCCCUUGACAUUCCGGCCACUUUUACCAUCGAUCUUCAACAGUCUAAUUUUCCCACUCCAAAAAAAGAACUGGACUGUAAGCAACUCUUCUCAUCAAAUUCACAAUCCUGGUGGUCUAGUCCAGUGCAUGAUUUACAAUGUUAAUAGUUAGUAACAAAUUCAUGUCAUACGAACUCUGUCCAUUAGCACAAAGAAUUAGCCAGUGGGUUUUCCGCAUUUACUGACUUGAGAAAAUCUUGUAUAUACCUGAGUGGGAUUAAGUACACUGUACUUAGUCAUGCUCCUCCCUUGCUUCAACAAUACAACUUGCACUAUAGGUGAGAGUUAGGGGUGGAGCUAGGUGGUGGCGAAGUUUCAAUUGAAUUCUCUUUUCCAGAAAACCAUACGGGGUGAGUAGGACAAAAACGAUUGUUAUAUGAAGAUUCUAGUGCAGUCGCAAAGGGGAAUUCAAAUCCUAGAUGUGGAUUUCUAUGAAUUAUUGGCUCCGUAGCCAAAAGUGACCCUCCUUUGUUUGUUUUGUGGCUGGUCUAACACCCAGCCAAGAUGAUUGUCGAUUGUUUUCCUGCAAAGGAGAGUACUGUUUACUUUUAACUAUGUAUUUUGUUAUUCUUGCAGCAGUGUGUGUAUAUGAAUUUAACAGUACAUGAUGAAUGAUGUC